AGAAGAUAUUGUUGCCACGAAGCAACAGGCUUUAUUUCACCAAACAAAGGCUGUUUUUCAAUGGACUUCAACAACUUGCCUUCACCUGUGAAAAACAGCGGUUCUAAAAUACUUUUCGAUGAAACAAAAUGGCUGAAGAUGUGAUUUUACCUUAAAAACGUGAAGCAGUCGGACUAAAUUCGUACUUCUAUCUCGACAGUUCAAUUUACCGAGGAUAUUCAUUUUCUUUCUCACAAUUUGUUUGUUUUAAUAGUGUUAUAAUACUGUAAAAAAGUUUUGUAGGGAUUACGAGUGAUCGGAUCUCUGACGUUAUUUUUGACGUUACGUUGACGUUACGUUAUGGGAGUACAAGUGUUAUCGCCAGAGAGCACACACGCCAAGCACCUGCGCUCUCUGCCGAAACUCCCUAAAAACUCUCACUAUUCUAUGAAGCCUCUAAACUCCGUCAAACCGACGCGAGCGUUACCGACGGUUCCAAAUUCUAACGUUUCAAAACUGGAUCCGAGUGUUAAGCUUGCUCGGGCUUUGCCCAGAGUACCUAAGCAGAUGGACAACAAAAAGGCCAUCUCCGUAACCGGAAGACAUGGACGCGCUUUACCGGAAGUUCCCUUUAGAGAGGUUGGGAAUUUAAAGAAUUCGGACACUUCCAUUUCCAGUCGAGCGUCAACCCCUCAGAGGACUCAUAACACGAGUUUUAGCUCCCACAAUGAAAGUACGCAUCCUAUGAAAAAUCACCUUCACCAUCAUUCGAAUACGCACCAUUCGAAUACGCAUCAUGCGCAUCACAAAAACCACCAUGCUUCGCAUAACGACACACAUAAUACACACGUGACCAAUACACAUGGUAACACCACGCAGCGAACAUUGCCGAAACUUCCGAAACUGCUACAAAAGCCUAAACCGGAACAGAACAGGAUCGAAUACAUGCACGAUGUUUACCGGAAGGAGGGGGAUACAUUCAGUGAUGAAGGCAACUACGAGCAGGCCUUGAAGAGCUACAAUCUGGCGCUGAAAUUCAUCUCGAAUGACAAAACGACUAUGAUCGCGCGGUCCCGUGUGUACCGGAAGUUGGGGAAACUGCGAAAGGCGACCCAGGACGCUGAUUCCGCACUCAAGCUGGAUCCUCUCUAUCAUGAGGGCUUGUUACAAAAAGCGGAGCUACUCUUGGAGCAAGGCGACUAUGAGACGGCCCUCAACUACUUCCAGAAAGGGGCUCGAAUGAGGCCAGACAAAGAUGACUUCCAUGAUGGCAUUGAAAAGGCCAAGCAUGGGCUGUCGGAGAACCAUAAAGUUGCGCGGAAACGGAAAAACACCAUCAGUCCAGAGGAAAUUGUCAACCAGAAAAAGUCCAAGGAUCGCACAGAAAAGGCCCGGAAGAAUCGCGAGAACGCUCAGACGCAUGCGCAAUCACAGCGGACUUUGUCACAUUUGAGCGACGACAACCAAGACGUUUCAAUGGCCUCGAAUGGCUCUUCCCACCGUGAAAGCGUCUCAAUUAUCCAAGAGGAGGCACCAAAGGCCGCCCCACAGCCUCCUAUGCACGUGCCGGCGCCACCAUCGCAACCGCCGCCAUCAAUGUCUCGUGGCAAAUUGGGGCGACAGAUGACACCUAUGCCUGGACGUUUGAGGACUCGUCAAAGUGAGCAACGCACUAUGGAAGCGUUGCAGCAUCCGUCGCAUCCGGAAAUUCCCGGCCAUCCUGCCACCGAGGAUGACGUCAACGAGGACGUAAUGAAACACAUCCUGGGAAAUAUGUACAAAGAUCGGGACUACCUUGAGAAAUUACUAGGGGAAACUGAGAACAUAACUCUCCCCGGCACCACCAACUUAGGUUCCACCGCCAAGAACGGGCUCAACUUCCUGUACGACAAGGUUUUAACCUGGGUCAGGAAGGGCGAGCAGGUGCCCGUGACCCAGCCAACGACGUUGCCAAGAGAAACCAAGACGUCCGCGCGCAGAAAGAGUAUGGCACACGGAUCUUCUGUCGAGAGCCUGCUAGAAGAACAAGAGAAAGAAAAUGAGGCCCGACUAAAGAAGCGUUCCAGACGGAAGGGGCAGUCAAAGGCGCCUCAUACGUGGUACAACUUCCUGGAAAACCGGAAAUUGGAAGAGGCCCAAGAACGCAAGAAUGCCAGGAAUAAAUUUCUGCAUGUCGUCGAAGGCCACAAGAUCAGUCCAAAGGAGCAAGCCAACCUGGAAAUGAAGACGUCCAAAAGGGGUUCGGGGGGAAGUCGCGGCCGGAAGGAGGGCGGCAUGCGGAAGUCCCGGGACCAUGAUAGCAAGGAGUCGCUUAACCAAGGCUUCCUCUUCAAGUCGUACAGGCCUGGAAGUGACAUGCGCAAGAGCAAUGAAAGCCGGAAAAACACACCAAUGGAGACGUCAGACAGCGAGGAGGCGAUUGCGCGGCGAAAGACGCCGCCGACGAAGCUGCGGCGGUUUGGGGGUAUAAAGGAAAGACAGGAGCGGCGGCAGGCGGCCGUUGCCAAGUAUGCGGCUAAGGAAUUGGAGGAAAUAGAGUUAGCGUACGCCGAGGGUAAACAGGACGAAUGUGCCAGCAAGGCGCGUCAUCUGAUGAAGAUUCUGGACGGUGAAGAUUUCCCAGAAAAGGAAUCGUAUAUCGCCACGCUUCAUAGUUACCUUGGGAACGUUGCUAUAGGGAGAAGGGAUUAUGAGAAAGGCCUUGGACACCAUAAUAUGGACCUGGAAAUCGGCGAGAAAUACAAACUUGACGAGGCAGUUUCCCGCGCUCUUGGAAACCUUGGUCGGGUGUAUGUACUCCAGAAGAGACACCAAGAAGCCCUCGACGUAUUCCUGAGGAAGACCCCGAUGUGCACUUCACGUAUCGAGACUGCGUGGCUUUUCCAUGAGAUUGGAAACUGCUUCUUGGCGCUCGGAGAUUUUGAGUACGCGAAGGACGCCGCCAAGAAAUCCCUAGAGUCGGCAGAGGAGGCAGUCGAGUGGAGCUACCAGCUACAAUCUUGUGUUUUGAUGGGUGUCGCCGAGGUUAAACUAAAGCAGUACCACGCAGCGUUCAACACAUUUGAGAAGGCUCUCGACCAAGCUAGGCUGCAAGGCGACGAGAAAGCCGAGGAAGCUUUACGUGAGGCUCUGCAAGAUGUCAAUGACAGAAUCGUGGAAGAAAUGCGCACAAAGGGGCCUCUCAAUUUCCCGCCUGAUUCCCGAUCGGAUAAUUUUAUGACGCCGAUGUCUCGGGCCAGCACAACCGUUACCGACUAUCAGCUUCAGGGUUUGUCGCGUUCUAGGGCCGAAAUCGCUAAAAUGCAGGCCGAUUUGGGUCCAAGAUUCCGCGCAGACUAUGCAAGAACGCCUGCUGGGUAUUCCGAAUAUUCUAGCAUUCUAAUACCAGACGAUGAUGGCGAAGCGUCCUUGACCGAUUCGCCCAGGGACCACCGUGAGCUAAAUAUAGAUCUGGAUCGACUUCGUACGGAAUCGACAAUGUUCGGAUCGGCGUUGGAUCUCCGUGACAAUAUUCGGUCGGAAACGUUUGUGUCCGGAAAGGGAAAAGUGUAGUUGUUAAAUACUAUGUUAAAUUGAAACCGGUGAAGAUGAUAAGACAAACAAAUAUUUUGAUAUUAAGUUACCAUCCCUUCGGAUAAUUUCCUACCCGAUUUCGACAAAUAUUUUAUUUUCGAGGUAGGAAAAUCCCUUUAAGGAAUGAUAAAAUUAUGUAUUACUUAUACAUAUUUGUAUAGUUUGGAACAUAAAAAUGUUUCAUUAAUACGUUUCGUUUCGUGGUUUUAUUUUCAAGGAACGAAAUGAAACAUUCCCAAAGCGUCCUAUAAUAUAUAAUAACUAACAUCAACGGACUUUAAGACAUAUAAGAUGGGAUUCUCUUUCAGGUGUUUUUAUAUCAAAGAUAAAACAAUGAUAAAAUCAUUAUUACUGUUUGUCAAUCGAUACAAAACAUUUGUUUUUUCGACAGAGAGAAUGUCAUUGAAAAACUGUGUCACAAGGACCUAAACAUGACUCCCAAGGAUGCACUUCUCUUAUUUCGAUUUAAAGCAACCAACAACCUCCUGUGUGAGACGAAAAACGUGCUCAUUUAUACUAGCUUUCAUAUAAUGGGAUGAGCUCACUCAAUUAAAUAACCAAUUAAUCAAUUUUAGUCUAUUAUAAUAUUAUAUAAUUGUUCACACAAAAACACGUGCCAAUUUAUAAUAACAAUUAUAUAAAUGGUUGCUUAAUCAAUUAACUACUUAAUCAAUUAAUCAAUUUUAGUCUAUCUGUAAGCCUAUGUUAGCUAGAAUGCAGAAAAAUAUAUUCAAGAGAAGUGCUUUCAAAAUGGGAGUCAAAUUAUCAAGUAUAUAGCUGGUAUAAUAAAUUUGCCGGUUUCACAGACAUAUACACUGUUAAAGCGGUAACUUGAAUGUGCCAAAAUGUUUUUAUAUUUCUGUAAGUGUACUUCGUAUCCUGUUGUUACUUUUUAUUGAUAUUAUCUCGGCGCAACUGUGAUAUUUUUAACCUGUAUUUAUUCGUUUGCAAUUGACAAAAAUAUCAUAUAUCGUUUCCAAUCAAAACUGUUCUUUUAUUCAUUUCGGCAAGAUGGUUUGUAAAUUCAAAACUGUUUCAUAGAAAAGUCUUGACUUCAAUGAUUUUAUUUUAAAAACAUUUAAAUUUAUUUUUAUAUUAAACUUAUAAAUGACUUUUUUAUUUAAAAAAAAUAAUAUAUUUUUACAAUUACGUCUUUUUAUUUCAAAACAGAAUAGAUAUGUGUGUCUGUCUUGUUCUAGUCAAGUUUUUAUUGUGUCUUUACAUCUUUAAUGUCGAGUUUGUGUUGAUUGUCUGUCGUUCUGUUUUAAAAUAUAUAUAAUGAAAUGUUUUAUGUAUACAACGUGCACCAAACCUUACUUGCCGUCAAUUCAUCCAUAUCUGUGUCAUGUUGAUAAUACUUGUUAUUUCAUUGCAAACUUUUCAUUUGUAAAUAAAUUAUUUGAUUGAAAUUUCA